AUGUUCAAUAACCAUUUCGUAAAUUUAAUAAUAAACAUAUUAACAAUUUUAUUUGCAGUAACACUCCAUGCUCACCAAAUAAAAUCAGAAGUCCUAAACGAGAACACUGUAUGUCAUAUGUGUAGACACCUUGUUACCCAUUACUUCCUACUAAGUUCUGAUGACCUGGCACUUUGGGAUGCGGAACCUGAAAGCUUCGCCACCGAUGAGGCUGGAGAGUCUUGGAAAUACAGUUUGAGGCCAUGUACUGAAGCAGUAUUCAUGGAACUAUUCCAUGAGUAUCGUUCGAUCCUAGCCCCAGAACUUGUGAGAUUGCUGGCGUCAUCACAGGAAACCGCUGUCUCCUCGGAAGACUUACCCAACAUAUUGAAGAAGGAUGCCAUAUACAAUGCUGUUGGACUUGCUGCUUUUGAUUUGUAUGACGAUGUUGACUUUGAUGAAUGGUUCACCAAUGUUCUAAGCCGAGAACUGAAAAUUCAAGAUAAUAAUUAUAGGAUAAUUAGAAGAAGAGUGUGUCAAUUGAUCGGUCAAUGGUGCGGAGUACGCGCAUCGCAGUCUUUGCGACCAGCAAUGUACGAAGCGCUGCUGGAACCCCUCACACGAUCUGAUGAAGACCCAGCGGUUAAGUUAGCUGCCGCUGAGGCACUCCGGAGUACGAUUGAUGAUUUCAACUUCCAAGUGGAACAGUUUGCGCCAUACGCUCCUCAUGCACUAGCUGCGCUUUAUGAUCUCCUGGUGGAGUCCGAAGAGUGCGACACAAAAAUGCACGUUCUACACGUAAUAUCGUACGUGAUGGAGCGUUGCGGGGCGUUGGUCAGUCGCGAACGGGGCGUUGUAGCGCUAUUUUCGUAUUUGCCGCAGUUAUGGCAACACGCGGCCUCACAUCAUAUGCUUAAAGCUGCUGCUUUGGCUGCUGUUGUGCAUCUUGUGAAGGCGGUAGGGGAGUGCGCAGAUAGCAUUCGGCCGUGGAUCCUAUGCGUUGUGAACGAAUCCACGCGGCUCAACGAGCCAGCACACGUUUAUUUGUUGGAAGAUGCUCUGGAGUUAUGGCUAGCUGUGUUGGAAGCCACCGAAACUCCGGAUCCCCAGUUAUUGGAGUUAGCGAAGAAUCUCUAUCCUAUAAUCGAAACGUCAUCGGAACACCUCCGUAUAGUUGUGUAUAUAAUGCAAGCAUAUGCAUUACUAUGUCCCGAGGAAUUUUUCUCAUGCGAAGGAGGGAAAUGUAUGGCCUUAUUGGACGAUAUGUUGAGCGAUAUGCGGACGGAGGGUGUGAUCGCUGCUCUCAAAAUGGCGGAAAUAUGCGUCAGUGUGGUGUACCCGGAAAGGAAUCCGUAUUUGGGCGUGGAAGUUAUCUGGCCUAUUUUGAAAAGAGUUGUUUACUGUUUAGUAGAGAAAGACGACCUUCAAAUGGUGUUUUCCGUCGAACUGUGCCUUCUGUCCCGCGUGAUACUGCUGUCGACAGAUCUCUUCUACAAAGCAGUGCAAGAAGCCUCUAAAAGUCUUCCGGAAUACGAGUCGGAUCCUGUUAAAGUGUUGAAUAAAUUGCUUCAUGUUUGGACUGAAAAAAUGAAUUGUAUCAUGAAAGUUGAGAGGUGGAAAGUUGUUGGUUUAGGUUUAGCUGCCUUAUUGACAACACAGAACUCCACAGUGUUGCAACUAUUUCCUGCAAUUCUUCUCAAUUUGGCUGAAGUAUUAAAUGAUGUUAUGAAAAUGGAAGAUGGCGGGACUUACGUCGAUGGUCUCCUCGCACCGCCUGGUUCCCGACCUGCGUCACCCCUAGAAGGGCGCGGGGGUGCGGCACGGUGGGAAGGAGGGGAGGAAGCGGCAGUGAGUAGUGUGCGCACGCCACAUGAGACUCGGAGGCGCAGGCUCGCAGCCGCACAUCCCGCGCAUGCGCUGGACUUACGCGCAGUGAUACACCACCAGCUACAAACACUGAAAAACCAAGUUGGUCCAGAAGCAUAUGACCGUCUUCUGCAAUCUACGCACAAGGACGUACUGAAACAGCUUCGAGAGUAUAUACCACUAUAA